CUGGUUGCAACACCUCCUCCUUGCGAGAAGAAGACUGCAGUUGCGGGAAAACUGAAGCGGGUGGACACAACAGGACAGACUAUAAAAAGACAAAAAUACAAGUGUUUUAAAAUGAAAAGACACGACAGCCCGAAGGCAGCAGAUGUCAAGAAAGGAAUUUCUGUUCUUUGGGAAACUUUGCAGUGUCCUAUAUGUCUGGAAUUAAUGACAGCUCCUGUAUCUACAAAAUGCGACCAUCAGUUCUGCAAAUUUUGUAUGAUGAAACUUUUGGACAAUUCCAAGCAAAACAGGGCAAAUUGCCCUGUGUGCAAAGCCAGAGUAACCAGAAGGAGCUUGCAAGAGAGCCCGGGUUUCCAAAAACUUGUUGCAGGUUUGCAGGACAUGAUACAGGCAUAUGAAUAUGAUACUGGGACUAACUAUUUUACUGGACAAUUACUACCCAAACAUCGAGCAGUUGUCACAGAUGGGGUACUACAGACAUAUAUUAGGACAAAUGAGGAUCCAGUGGAACUUAAAAAUCUGGAUACUAGUAGCGAAGAUGUCCCAAAAUCUCAGUCUUCAACCAUAAAAGCUCAAAAUGGAUUUGCCAGACUUAUGGGACUUGAAGACUCAAGCCUAUUGACAACUGAAAAUGAGGGACUGGACAGUGGACUUGGGGGGCCUCCUGCAGCAUCAGAGAAAAAACUAAGUGUUACCACAGACAUCCUCGAGCUAAUAUCAACAGAAAACCAAGCUAGCGAAAAUGCACAACCCACAAACAAAACUAGAGUCCUUAUAAAGUCCUCCGAUCUGCCCCCAUUGAUACUGGAGGAAGAGAAUGCGGAAAACAACGAAGAACAUGAUGAUGGAGAGCAGCCUUUGAAAAAGUCUAGAAAAAAAGGUAAAACAUGUUCUGGGCCAGAUAAGAUACUCAAGCAGAGGCAAAAGAAAGGAGUGGAAAAGGUGAGAGAGUGGCUUAUGAAUGUCCCGAAUAAGGAAGAUAUUGAGUUGGGCAAGCUAGACAAGGAGACACAGUAUUUAGACGACUCCGAUAGUCUUUCUUCUUCUUCAACCAUAGAUCUCAAGGAACACAACUAUGAGAGCUUUUUGAAUGAAAAGGGUGGAGUGACAAAAGCCCUUGAAGAUCAGGUGUUUGGUGCAAUCUACAAAAGAGGGAAGAAAAGAAAUGGGAAAGAAAUCUCUCCACCUCCUGAUAUUUUAACUCACCUCCACUCAAACAGUGCAAUACAGCAACAAGAGAUCAGAGCAAUAAACAAAAGUGACACCAAAAAGGAGCCUGAGCUUGUAGACCUUGCAGAUGACAACAGUGAAAUUUUCAAAGAGGCGGUACCGAUGGAUACAGAAGUCCAUAAUGAAUUACUUGGCGACAAACAACUGCAGCAAGAGUUUAAUGAGUUACAUGAUGUCAACAAUGAAUGUAAAGAAAAAAAAGCUUCUCCUUUACAUAAAACUGGAAGUCAUAAAAGGAGAGGAAAUUCAAGGAAAAAAAUGUGUAAUGAAUUGGAGCAAGUUGAUAUUGAUCUACAAGAACAGGCAAAAACUCAAACAGAAAAUGGCAGGCAGACGAAAACGAAUAAGAAAAAAGGAAGGCAGUCAAAGUCAACUAAAGUCCAGUCUGGUCGAGUCACAAAACCUCUUGAUUUAGUUGAAGUUCAAAAUGGUGAGACUGCUCUGAUGGAAGAACCGAAACCUAAGCUGGAAUCAGAUCAAGUUCAGGUCCAUAUUGAGAAUUAUUCAAGCAGUGAGGAACAAGAGGCCUCCUUGGUAAAGACCACUAGGAGAAGUAGGAGACUUCAAAGCUUUAUGGAGGAGAUUAGAGUAAGUAAAAAGAAAAGUCACUUAAACGUCACCAAAUCUCACCAAGGAAAAACUUCUGAGAAGGUUGAGGUUGUAUUGGCAAAGAAUAAUGUGUCUCCAAAACGUGGUAAGACAAAUGGUUGUAUUUAUGCUGAAGAUUUGGGAGGAAUAGAAAAAAUGGGCUCUUAUGAGAGUCCAAUCAUUUUGAAACAAACGCAACCUCUUCAAGAAGUCUCAAAUGAGGAAAUACUGUCUCAGGGUGUCUGUUGUGAACCGGUUGUACAAAUUUCUCCAAAAACUCCAGGGGAAGAUGUCAAUACUGUUCAGGAAAGCAACAUUCAAACUGAUCCAAACAAUAUUCAGUUGGAGUCGAUGGAAUGUAAUGAUACAAUGAUACAAAUGGAGGAGGACAAGAGCGACAGUGAUGUAGACACUGAACAACUUCUCAAGAGUUUCAAAUCCACUAAAAGGAAAUCAUUUCAUCUGGAAGCACCAAAUAUUAAAAGAAAUUGUAGCUUAGAUGAGAGAGAUGCACAGAAUUCUGAAGAUGCUGAUUUUAAUUUGAAAAAACAGGCUGUAGAAAUUGAAAAGAUCCAAGAUGCAUUUUACAACCAUUCCACUUCGCUGUUUAGUGAUGUGAUACCACCAUCUCCCACAGUUGCACAAAACGAAGCACAAGAAGGAUUUGACAUGUCCGAUAAGCCUAUUUCGGAUAACUGUCCCAAUAGUUCUACCAGUGGCGCUCUUACUCCAAAUACAGUUUCAAAAUUGGAAAUGCCAAGUUCUCAUCUGUCGGUCAUCCCUCAAAUAGUCGACUCUGGGCUUCAGUUUACAGCUGGAAAUUUGUCUGACAGUGUAGUCUCGAAGAAGCAAUCAACAAAUAAACCUUUAAAAUGCUCUCUUAUCUCAGAGAGUCAAUGUUCCAAAGCUGAAGAGAACAGCAUUUCCUUGUUGGAUCCAUCAACUGCUAAAAAUCCAUCUCCCAGCACCAUGUCACAAUGUUUAUUUAAUGCAAAUUAUUCCUUAAGCCCUGAUGGCCUCUUAACACACAACCAGGGCAGCAGCAGCACCCAGUCUUCUGUCCCUAACAACCCGAGGAGAAGAAGAAGCCGGAGAUUGGAGUCUUCACCUGAGCUUGAUAGCAGUGGAUCAAAAGAAGAAUUGCAGAGUUUAGCCCAAAUCCUAAAAUCCAAUUCAAGUUGUCGGAAAAAGAGUCAGCAGGAAAAAGUACCCUCCAAAGAAAUAAAUAAAGGUUUAACAGUUGAGGGCGACCAAGGUAACCACCCACCACCAUGUCCCAGCCCAGACUAUGUGAACUCGAGUCAGGCGUCAGUUGACUUAUUUGGCACACCAGAAGAAUCAGGUGAUGCUCUGGUGAAUAACGCAGUUACCUCAGUAGAGAUGUCACAGCUGUCAAGUGAGGUUUUGGUAACACAGCAAAAGGUGGAAAUGCAGAAGGAGCUGGUAAGGCUGGAGAAGUUGAUGGCGCUGGUGUCUGAGGUGCUCCAUGAGAAAGAGAAUGGUCCAGAAAUCGGCACAGAGCAAAAUGCCCCAGAGCCUGAAAAACCACAACCAUCUAAUGAAGAUAUAGGACAAGACUCUGAAAAUAAUGGUCCUCCAAGUUCAGGUCGAAGCACCCGGAAGCGACCAUCUGGGGUCAAAGUUGCCACUAAGUCCAGUGUAGCAAAACAUGACCCCUCAAUAGAUACUGCAAACAAAGAUCUGGGUGUUGCUGCUGCAAAGUCAGUUGCCACAUCCAGUUCAACCAAAAGUCAUAAAACACACGAGUCUCCAUCUGAAGACAAAGAAAACACUCCGAAUGACACAAGGAAACCCAAAAUGGUGCUGGUGUCAUCUGGACUGGAGCCCAGUGAACAGAUAAUGGUGAAAAAGUUUGCAAAGAGAAUAGGUUCCUGUGUGGUUUCCCAGGUGACCCCAGAUGUUACUCACAUCAUAAUGCACACAGAUGAGCUGCUGGUUUGUGAGCGCACACUAAAAUACUUCCUCGGCAUCGCUGGACGAAAGUGGGUCGUAAGCUUUCAGUGGAUUUCUGAGUGCUUCAAACAAAAGAAGCUGUUGGAUGAGAGCAUUUUUGAAGUCAAGGGUGAUGUAGUGAACGGUCACAACCACCAGGGGCCCAUGCGAGCACGCACCACAGAUGAUGACAAUCUGUUGAUGAAAGGAUACAAGAUCUGCUUUCAAGGGCCUUUUACGGACAUGACCACAGAUGAAAUGGAGUGGAUGGUGGAGCUGUGUGGAGCCACUGUAGUGAACGAUCCAUCUGUCCUGGAUGGGAAACAGAAAUCUCAUCAGCUGGUCGUUGUGCAGAGCGGAUCAGAUGUUUCUGCAUCUAAAUACAACAGUCUCUCCAGAGUGGCUACAGUGGUGACUCGCGGUUGGCUCUUGGAUUCAAUAUCAACGUACACAAUACAAAACUGUAAAAACUACACAAUUUAACCCAUAACACUAUCUUCACUAUACUGUCUACUGUCGUGUCCCAUAAGUGCUGUUUUUAAUCUCUCAUAAGCCUGAUUUCACAAACUUGUAUCUGAUGUACUUGUAAAUUGUGAUGUACAUAAAAUU